GUAGUGCCUACUCCUAUGAAGAUGCUGAUACAUCCAGUGACUCGGAUGAUGAGGUGCUACAGCGCUACCAGGCACAGAAUGUCAACAAGAAGAGGGGCAGUAAAGCUAGCAAGAGCCAAGAAGAUGAGAGAGACCUCAUAUCCCUGGCAGAGAAGGGCCUAGAUGCACAAGAGGGCAAGACACCAUCAGAGGGUAAAGAUGGCCCACAUUCUAAUGAUGGUUAUGCCCAGUCUGAACAAAGCACAGGGCCGUUUGAUGAGACUUCUGUAGAGAUCAGCGAACAUGACGAGCAUCUAUUUGACACGAGUGACCUCUUGGAUGAGCCACCAUUGAUCUCCAAAUGUGGAUUAUUGGAAGUCACAUUUUUGUAUGACAAGGCACGUCAAAAACUUGGAGUUACAGUGAUUGGAGCUCGGGAUAUUCCAGCAAAAGAUAGGGGUGGUGCUAAUAAUACACAGGUUAGACUCAUGCUGUUACCCACCAAGAAACAGAAGCACAAGACCAAGAUUAAGCAAGGGGAGCAACCCGAAUAUAAUGAGAUAUUUACAUUCAACAAGAUACCACCAGAUAACAUUGCUAACAUGGGGAUAAGGUUCCGACUGUAUGGUACAGAGCGCAUGAGGAAAGAGAACAUGAUCGGAGAGAGUGUUGUAGGUUUUGCAUCCUUGAACCUUGAUGAGGAGACAUCUCAUUGGUUGACACUUGAGCCAAGGAGUAAUCUAGUGGACUCUAAGCUGGAUGUGUCAAGUCUGUCUAGAAGUGAUAGUGCAUCAUCAACACAGUCCAUGCAGCAUGGUGGAAUGCCAGAGCUUCUGAUUGGUCUAGCUUAUAAUGGGACUACAGGACGCUUAUCUGCGGAGAUCUUUAAGGGCAGCAACUUCAGAAAUAUGGCCAUGCAGAGGGCACCUGAUACCUAUGUGAAGCUGACUCUGAUGUCACCUAACAGUCAAGAAAUUGCACGAAGCAAGACAUCUAUCAGACGUGGUCAACCCAACCCCCUCUAUAAAGAAACAUUCAUGUUCCAAGUCCCCAUGUUCCAACUACCAGAUGUCACUCUCAUGAUAUCUGUGUAUAACAAGAGAAGUAUGAAACGCAAGGAGAUGAUUGGCUGGUUUUCUUUGGGUCUAACAAACAGUGGAGAGGAGGAGCAGGCACAUUGGAAUGACAUGAGAGAAAGCAAAGGUGAACAAGUCUGUAGAUGGCAUGUUCUAUUAGAGUCAUAGUCAUGUUGGCAUCAUUAACACUUGCCCCAACUGGAAACCCAUAGUUAUCAGUUAAACUGAAUACUUCAUUGCUGAGUUAUUUAAAUACUUAGUGAUUUCUUAAUGCCUUUAAUCUCCCUAUAAGUCCCUUGAUAAUCAAGUAUCUUGACUACUGAAUCACUUGGUAAUAAAUUGUGUUGAUUGCCAAAUCUCUUGAUUAUCAAUUUUUUGAUUAUCAAGUGACAGUGAUGCUUAAAAUCUCCAUAAUAGUGGAUUCCAGUCACACUUCUAACAUUCUACACCAGGGGCAGCUGAAGGAAGGAUAAUGUACAUUUAGUGACCCAUAUGAUGGCAAUCUGAACACUGAAAGAUCUGAAGUACUGUAUAUGUAUUUAAAGAAACAUAAAAUGUUUUAAAAUGGAUAAAUAUUUAGCCAUUGCAUUCUAUUCAAAGUUCAAAGGACCUUGAUGAUAAACAAUAAAUGUUUGGACUAUCUAUCCAUUUGUUAAAGUUUGUGCAUCAGGAUAUCAAACUAGAUUUUUAGUACCUGGAUCUUAAGCUUUAAAUUUUCUGUAUCUGGAUCUUCAGCUUUGAAUAGUAAGACAAAACUCUGAGUAUCUUGAUCUUAAGGUUUCAGGAUUUAAGCUUAGAGUAUUUGGAUCCUAAAUUGUGAGUUUCUUGAUUUUAAGCCUCAAAAUAUCUGGGCAUUAAACUUUGAAAAUCCAGGAUUCAAAAGCUGAAUUUAUUGUUCAGUGUGGAAUUAUAUUCAAAUGUGAUCCAUGAUAUAGAUGAGUAUGAACAGUGAAGACUUAUUCAUAUUUAAGGCAGUAUUUGUGUCCAACAUUGUACUAUUGUUUGUAAUUUUGUGCUGGUACUUGUGAUUUGCAAUACUCUCUACAUUGUACAUCCAGCUAAACAUCAAGUGGGAUCUGAGUUCUUUUGAAUAAAGAAAAUUCAGAAUUGAAAAUUGUAUAAGCAUUUAAAUUAGUUGAAUUGCAUUACUUUUAAGCAUAAUCAAUUGUGUUUGACAUAUGAAGGGACAAUUUUGUCUUAUUAGGUCCUAUGGGACCUGGUUAUUACUCUGUAAUUUUGAUUUAAUUUCUAAUGAGAGGAAUUGUGCAAUCCUUAGACAUUCAGUAUGAGACUUUGAAUGCUUUCCAAACUAUGUAAACUUGCACAUGUUGAAUAUUAGUUCAUUCUGAGUAUACUUGCCACAUGCUAAGUAUCAGUUUAUUUUGAGUAAACUCCAAUUACAUUAAAUAAACUAGAGCUGUUGUCUGAAAGUAAUUAUACUAGAAAAGCCAAGUGUUGCAUUUUAACCAUCCAUAUAUAUAAUAUGUUGGGUAUGAGAGAUUCCAAACUUUCAAACUAUGUAUGUAGUUUUAAAUAACUAUCUGUGAAUACAUAUAUUGGAGAAAGUAGCUGAUAAGUUCAAUAUUUGGCGAAAAUUUCAAUCAGUAUAGGUUUGAGCAUAAAUUGAUUAUGAAUGUUUUUUUUAUAUUGGGUUAUGGGUAUGAUAUAUAUCAAGCAUAUAUUCAAGCAUAAUUCUGCUUCUAGAAUUAAUUUUCUUGUUUAUUAACUUCAACAGUAACAUUCACUUUUUACAUGUACUUAUAUCAUGCUGUUAUAACAAUCUAGAUGCAAUUUUCCAAUACUUUUGCUUAUUUAUACCAUAAACAAUCUAACUACAUUCCUGUUUUACUAUAUUUUGGUAUUUUAUAUUGAUAUAAUAUUUUGCAAAUGUAUCAAGUAUUACUUUGGUCCAGGGAGUUAUUAUUGGUGUGGUUGCAUUGCUACUUUUUAACUUAUUUGUGAAAUCAGAAGUUUCAGUGUUUUUCAAGAAUAGGCCUGAAGUCCCUUAAGAAUAUUCAAGGGCUCAUUUUAGAAGACAGGCUUAGGGUAAAAAUAGAAAUAGAGAUUUGGCAUUUGAGUUGUAAAGGAUUUAAAAUAUUUGUCCUUCUGGUAUUUCGAGAUGAGCCCUGAAAUUUCAUUAUUUUACAUUGCUUAGAGUACUUUACAAGAAUUAAAAUAUUUAUAUUUCCAUUUUAUGUCACCACUUUUUGGUGGUGUUAUGGUCUCCGUUUUUUCUGUGACAGUGGUUGGCGAUUGGUGGUUGGCAUUUGUAACAAAUGAUGGUUGCAUGUUAAUGCCUUGUCUAAAUAUGGUAUAGUGAAGCCUGUAUAAAGUGAACAGGAUCAUUGCACCAAAUUUCGAAUAUGGAAUCCUUAUCUAUCUAUUGUAUUCCUUGUUAAUUUUUUUGCAUUAUUGUCUUGAUUACAUAACAUCAAUGAUAAUGUCUGCUUUUUUCAAAAAAUACUCAAUGUUAUAUUUAUUUUGUUUUUAUUAUUCAUUGCAAAGAAUAUAUAUGGAAAUACAA